AUGAGUGAGGAAGCUAAGAUGGACGAGAAGAAAGAAGAUAAGGAUAAGAAUGCUGGUCUGAAGAAGGCGGUAGCCUUUUUGACUGGUGUUACUCUCUACCAGUUGCCGUAUUUGGCCAUUUCUGCCGGUAAAUUCACUCUUGGAAGGUUCAAGAUACCGUCAAGCAACCUGAGUCUGUACAUUAACCGGAUGAUUAUAGCAUACAGGGUUGUCUCAUUGAUCGGAAUAGGUUCUACAACAGCGUAUAUUCAGAUGGGUUGGCCAGGAAAGAACGAGUUGACAUCAGUCCUAUUCUGGUUGUAUAAUUUUUGCUUCGUCUUAUCGCUGUUUGUCUAUUGUAUCGGCGGUGAGCUCGGGUACAUUACGGCGUAUUACUGGACAAUUUCUCUGGCGUCACUCAUUUUUGGCUUAUGCUAUACCACUUCUGUUGAUAUUGUUGCGGCCGAUGUGGUCUGUCUUCUUGCAGCCUUCCCGCUUACUGGAGUUAUUAUUUCUCUCUAUCACAUUUUGUUUUUAACCAUUGGCGAGUACUUUGGUAUCCCUAAUACCAACUACUGGUUGGUGGUAGUUCAGAUGAUUAUCGCAAUACUCAUAACCGGGACGAACGCACUGCUGUUCACCAUCGCUUAUUGGAAUAAGAAGGAUGCUACAGGUGGAGAUGGUGGAGAUCCUGACCCAUUCAUGACAGCCUUUGCAAAGGCCUGGUCUCCGAUUCUUUUAAUCACUCUGGGAUAUGGUCUUCAAAAUGCCUUUUAUCCGGGUAUAGCCCCUUACAAGUUGAUUGGUCCUAAUCUAGGGUACUGGAUAGAUUUAACUGUUUUAUUCACCAGUGCCAUACCGCCGCUCUUUAUUCUUGUAUUGAAGGAGAAAGAAAUAGGUCCCAAUACUUCAUGGAGUCAAACUUCUGGAUGGCACUGGUCUUGGCUAUUCUUUCUUGUUGAGAUUAUCUGUGCAACAAUCUUCAUUUGGGCUCUUCAUUAUCCCGACUGGGGGCUUUCCCAAAAUGUCCGGAGUAAUGCGAAGCUUCUAGGUUUUUUAACUGUCACAUAUGACGGUUGCGUACAGUUUACGAGGAGUAUUGGUACCAACGGAGCUGACAUGCAAGGAGAGCCAAAAAAAAGUAACAGUGCAAUGAAUACAUUCAACUCGUUUACACACUCGUUCGCACAGGUAAUAUUUGCAUUUAUGGGAGAUGGGUAUAUGCGCAUUUAUUCUGAGCAUGAAGAUAACAGAGACGGUUGGCCAACCAAACACUAUGGUAACUUGAGGGCGUUCUGGUUCUGGACCUGGAACUCUACAAAAAUGUCAUAUCACAUUUUAAAAACAGCAUUUACCACAGAUUUAAGAUCCGAAGUUAUCGGCAAAAAGGAGUUUCUCUUUAUUGUCUAUGCCGAUGAAACGGAUCAUAGUAGCCAACCUCCAAAGGUGAAAAAUCCUACAGUCAUGAAGAUAGUUCACGAUAUAUAG